CGGUCCGCGCCUUACUUCCGGUCCGGAUUCCGGGGUUGCACGUGUGGAGCGGCCUGGGGACGCGGCUGGGAGCGGGGCCUCGCCGGCUUCCGUGUGCUGCGGAGUCGCUUCCCCGGGGCUCGGAGAGUGCUGUCAUCCUCCUCCGGGUGAGCGCCGCGCGGCUGCAACAUGCCUCACAGGAAGAAAAAGCCUUUUAUAGAAAAGAAGAAGGCUGUAUCUUUUCACCUGGUCCACCGGAGUCAACGAGAUCCUUUAGCAGCAGAUGAGACUGCACCCCAGAGAGUUCUGUUACCCACACAGAAAGUAAAUGAUGAAGAAAGGCGAGCAGAACAGAGGAAGUAUGGCGUGUUCUUUGAUGAUGACUAUGACUAUCUGCAGCACCUUAAGGAACCAUCUGGGCCCUCAGAGCUUAUUCCCACAAGUACCAUCAGUGCACCCAACAGAAGAGACGAAAAAGAGGAAACUUUAGUAAUUUCAACCACGGGAAUUAAGUUGCCCUCAUCAGUAUUUGCAUCAGAGUUUGAGGAAGAUGUUGGAUUAUUGAAUAAAGCAGCUCCUGUUUCAGGACCUCGGCUGGAUUUUGAUCCUGACAUUAUCGCGGCUCUUGAUGAUGAUUUUGACUUUGAUAAUCCAGACAAUCUGCUUGAAGAUGAUUUUAUUCUUCAGGCCAAUAAGCCAACAGAAGAAGAGGGAACAGAUAUACAGAAAUCUGAGGCCGAAGAUGACAGUGAGUGGGAAGAUAUGGAUGAUGAGAAGGAAAGAGGUAGUGAUGACGAUAACUAUGGCUCUGUGGGCUCAUCAGAUGAGGCCAUGUCUGUCCCUGGAAAAUCUCCUGGGGCUGUAGAAAAUCACUUGUUCUGGGAAGAGGAAACGAAAAGUCGCUUUACUGAAUAUUCUAUAACAUCCUCAGUCAUGAGGAGAAAUGAGCAGCUGACUCUUCAUGAUGAGAGAUUUGAGAAGUUUUAUGAGCAAUAUGAUGAUGAUGAAAUUGGAGCUCUGGAUAAUGCUGAAUUGGAAGGUUCCAUUCAAGUAGACAGCAGCCGCUUAGAGGAAGUCUUGAAUGACUACUACAAAGAGAAGGCAGAGAAUUGUGUAAAACUGAAUACUCUUGAACCUCUGGAGGAUCAGGACUUGCUAAUGAAUGAACCCGAAGGGUCUGAGGAGGAAGAGAUUGUUACCGUAGUUCUUGAAGAAGCCAAAGAGAAGUGGGAUUGUGAAUCUAUUUGUAGUACAUACUCAAAUUUAUAUAACCAUCCACAGCUUAUCAAGUAUCAACCAAAGCCCAAACAAAUCCAAAUAUCUUCUAAAACAGGAAUACCUCUCAAUGUCUUACCUAAGAAAGGACUCACAGCAAAGCAAGUUGAACGAAUGCAGAUGAUUAAUGGCAGUGAUCUGCCAAAGGUGUCAACCCAACCUCGAUCUAAAAAUGAAAGCAAAGAAGAUAAAAAAGCAAGAAAGCAAGCUAUAAAAGAGGAGCGCAAGGAACGAAGAAUGGAGAAGAAAGCUAACAAAUUAGCCUUCAAACUGGAGAAAAGAAGACAAGAAAAGGAGCAGCUGAACUUGAAGAAGAACGUUGAGGGGCUAAAGCUAUGACAGUAGAGCAUUUAGGAUAAGGAGCCUUCUCCAUUGGGGCUCCUUGUUAUGUUCAGUAUUGAACAAGGAUCUUCAAAGAGACAAAACAAUUUAAUUUGCCAUUUUUAAUGGCAGGUAUUUAUACCACCAAGUUUUCUCUGCCGUCUUUCUUGUAAAUAUUGUAACAUUUUAAGACUUAAUAUUAUAAGCUUAGAAUUUGCUCUGAAAUAAAAUGAUUUCACAAAUGUGAAAUGA